AUGACACUCACUGCGGAGCAGAUCAGCUCGAUAGGUAUCGCGGGGCGAGUCAGCUCUGCAUUAUCGAUCCUAGGGACACUCACAAUCAUUUGCGCCUUUGUUUGUUCCCGUCACUUUCGGAGCCCUAUUCAUCGCAUCAUCUUUUUCAAUGCCUUCUACAACUUAUUUGAUUCGGUCGCGACUAUGAUAUCUGUUAGUGGGCCAGAGUCGGGAGAUUUCUCUCCCAUGUGUCAGUUUCAGGGCUUUGCUCUUCAAAUGUUCCCACUGGCUGAUGUACUAUGGACAUUGGCUAUGGCGCUGGAUACGUACCUUGUUGUUUUUCACCAUUAUGAUACUCAUUACCUGCAAAGACUUGAGCCGAAAUACAUUGGAGGCAUUACUAUCGUCACCUUUAUACCUGCGUUAGUAUUCCUUUUUAUUCGAUCCGACGAGAAAGGGCCGGUUUACGGCAGUGAGACAAUCUGGUGCUCAAUAUCUCCAAAGUGGAUAAUACUACGCCUAAUUCUAUACUACGGCCCCGUGUGGCUCACUAUCGCGGUUGUUCUAUUAUUCUACGCACUGAUUGGCAUCGAAAUCUCUCGUCUUCGCGACGAAUUCAAACUCACAGAUGACGACCAUAUCGCCUUAACCUCCAGCCUCUCUUCCAAUAACUUCAACCCCGAACACACUCAGGGUUCAGUGACAACAACCGUCGAAGCCAGCUCUACGGUGCCAAAUGCAGACAAAUCCUAUCUUUCAGAAUCUCAUAUAACGAGUCACUCCUCCGUCGAACAAGCCAUUAGCCCACGCUCCCCAGCAAACCGGGCACCAAUGAAUUACCAAUCCUCACAGCAGCGCCGCGUCUCGUUCAAACAAUAUAUUCUAAUGCCUUCCCUCUUUUUUCUGGCUUUAUUGGCAACUUGGGUUGCACCAACGAUCAAUCGGGUGACCACAUUUGUCAAUCCAGACUCGGAGUCGUUUCCACUGCUUCUUGCUGUCAGUGCCUUUGGGUCUUUGCGAGGGUUUUGGAAUGGAGUCAUUUUUAUCACAAUGGGGAUGAAGGGAUGGAAGAGGCGGGCAAAGGAGCGAAUGGUCCUUAGAAGCGCGCGACGAUGA